AUCUGCUGCACGAAUAUUCAGGUGGCGGAUUUGGAAGGAUUUGGUCGGCGUCUCCAUCAACGGAAAGAUCCCUCCAAUUAAGUCGGGCGCGGGGACUCCCUCCCUUUGGCAACAGCCGCUACGACCAAGGAGCCCCUCGCUGGGGUUCACGUAACGCCCCACGCCUCUGGGAAUGGGGGAGGGGGACACGAGGUGCUGCUGAUGUCAGCACGCCGACAGCUGUCCGCCCAGGCCCGUGCUCGCGCUACCGCGGUGGAUUAACUUCGGGCGACAGCAAGCCCCCCUUUUGCAGUCGGCUCUUCGGCGGAGGAGGAAGAGAGGGGAUACGCGUCGGUGGCGGUGGCGGAAACAAUGCCGGGCUUCGCAGAGGACCCACAGCUGCUGACGAAGGAGAAGCUCAAGCGUGAGCUCGUGGCGCACAAGGUGGCCCUGCCGGCGGGAGAGCACAAGAAGGAGGUGUACGUGCGGCUGUACCACCGGCUCGUGGCUCCGACAAGUGGCGCCGACUUCUCGAGCGACGAGGAGGACGAUGGCGGCGCCGCGCCGUCGCUGCACGGAGCGGACGGCGGCGUCUCGUCGUCGGAUGGGGUCGGCACAACGAGUGACAUGACAAGCAAGGUGGAGGUGGGAGGCCUAGACGUGGACGUGUCCUCGCUCUCCAACGCUGAACUCGCCAGGAAAAUCAGGGAGUUUGGAGUCAGCCCAGGGCCUAUUGUCGCCACGACGCGCAAGCUCUACGAGAAGAAGCUGCUGAGACUGCUGGAGCACGGGGACGCCGCCCCAUCCACGGCGGCCGCCGGGAGCUCGGGCGUCAACGGUAGCCUGCAGACCGAUAACUACAGCGACACGGAGGAGGACGAGGAGGAGGAGACGGCAGAGGUUUACGAACAAACCGGAGAAGUAACCGAAAAAGCGAUUCAGACAUCUUUCCAGUCGCCCUUCACAGCGCACUCUACCAAGGCACACGCUUCUCCCGGACCAUCGCAGGACAGCCCCGCGGGGAGGCCGGGCCCGGUGUCUCUGCACCGGCAAGCCAUUGCCCAUCAGAGGGCUCUGGCCGUUAGCGGUGCUGAUGCCGACAUAACAAAAGAGAGCACCCCGUGCACGAUGCGACAAUGGAGCUUCCAGUCCACCGGCCCGGACGACAACGUUGACUUCUCUCCGGAUGUGGAGAUGUUCACCAACUCGGCCUCCCGCAGGGAGACGCAACGAGAAAAGGUCGCCAUCGCGACGCCCAUGCUGUCUGAGGGCCUGGAGCAGCAGUUGACGGCAGCAGCAGCGGCCUGCGCCGUGCCCGGCAACCUCUUCCCGCACGGUGGCACCGUUUCGCAGAGGCCGUCCAUCAAGCAAGACGACCGCCGCUUGUCGUCGGAGUGGGAGUCUUGGUUCUCGGCAAAAGAAGAUUUUGUGUCGGUGCGGUCCCGGAAAAAGCCCGACAGCCUAAACGUUUCCCACCUUGUAGAGCAGUUUCGGAGCAAGAACAUUUCUCCAAUAGAACGUUCACUUUCCAAGAGCGAUUCUGGCGAAGGGCUCUGCGAGCUGGACACGGCCAUGAUGCAGGGAAGAUCGUCCGAGGACAUUGCAGCGACGCAGGAGCGCAGACAGAAACGUGCAACUCCUUGCACCCUUAAAGGCCAAGGCCGCCAGAGCAAAAACAUUGCGGACUUGAAGCUUGGUGGAGGCAACGAUGCAGACUUGUUUAUUUCACCAUCGGGAAUAAGCGCCACUCGACGGCGCCCGAUCCGCGGCUGCGCUCGGGACGGCUGGGGCGGCUUCUCCCCGGACCUGGCGUCCAGAUCGUCGAACGACCUCGGCGCCUCUCCCAUCUCCCGCCCCCCAGGGCAGGGCUCCGUCCACAAAGCUGCCGCUUCCGGGCCAGCAGCGGCGGCGGCCUCCGUGCCCGUGUGGGCGCGGUUGGUCGCCUUCGUGGUGGCGUGCGCGUUCAUCGCGCUCGUGUACUACGCCUUCGAGGAGAACGUCCACUUCUCUGGCUCCUUCGACGGGGCGGCCGACGCGGCAACGGCGGCUGCUGCGGUCGGCGGGAACGAUGGCGGCGGAGUGGCGAUGGCGGAGUGAAUGUCGCCCCCUCCCCCCGUUCAUCUUCCUGACCCCCUCCCCCCACCCCUCCCGUGCUCAUCCGUUUAGAAGCGGCUGUGAGAGAGGAGGGGGGGGAGGUCGCUUUGAGAUGGAAGUCUCGGUAUCGAGGGAGGCCUCCGAGGUCAAGCAACUUCAAACAACUACAUUUGACAACUUCAAUAAAGUAGUAACCGGCUUCGUUCAGUGUUAACGUUAUACCUAACAUAAAUAAGCUGCAUCGUUGUGGGUUUUUUGUUAAUAUCCACAUUCACAAGGCAAAUGCACAUGCCUCUUGCAUGUCUGCACGUGGGCCUGUUGUACCACGACUGGUCAUAUUUGGCGUCGACAUUCAGAAGCGGGCACCCUUCACCCCCCCCUCCCUUGUUGCUCUGAAAUCACCUGGCGUCUUCUAAGCGCCAUUUGGCUGUCUUGUCCUGCUGCGAGUGAAGCGGCUGGGAGGCUGUGCGCUUGGCUGUGUGCGUGCAGCCCCCAGAGGGGCCUUGCAGCGCCGAAUGCAGUCGAGGUAUAACAACCGCAUCGAUCUGCCAAUAUUGAUCCUUCAGCUUGCACAGAAGCGGCAUGCAUAAACAAUCAAUGUUUUUCAAUUUGUGUUUUAUGUCAUGGGUUCACGUGACCCCCCCCCCCACCCUCCUGCCACCGCCUAGCAGCCACCAGUGGCCGCUACAUUCAGCAAAGUGCGAAGAUAUCGAUUAGUUAAUCGAAUCGCGAAAAUGAAUUUCAUCGUUGGAGUCGUAUACCGCCGCAAAUACGCAGAGUAGCUCGGGGGGGUGGGAGGUACCGUGGGGAGUCCAUUCCCAAUCCUUACAAGUAGCGCUGCGAGUCGAUGCGGAAUCGCAGACGGGCUCGGGAGAAGAAAAUCCGGGCCUUCUCCCCCGCACCGCCUUGAUUUUCCACUCGUGACGGCUUGCGAACCCAUUCAACGCUUAAUCCCACUGAGCUGUCGAGAAAGAUCGCGUUUCUGCAAAGUGCAGUGCACAGGUUCUGCAAUGCUCGAGUGGCACGUUUGUCGCCAGGGCCUGUGAAGUGUGUUUGUCGACUUGUUGUUUGUUGAUUACGAGAAAGCUCCGUGUUGUUUUGGACGAGUCCCACGGUGUUCUUGCAGCAGUGGGUCUCGUGCAUCCGAGCAGCAGGUCGUGUGCCAGGUUGCGAACGUGAUUAAUUGUAAGGAAGCAUGUUAUUUAUUUUGGCAGUGGUAGGUUUUUGUAUGUGUUUCAUAGUUAUUUCUUUGGAUGUAGUUUUCGUUGUAGUUGUGUGCUUCAGUGUUUGAUAACAUUUGGUAAAGGUUUCACAGGGUUGCUGGUUCAUUUUUCUCAAUUGAUCCAACACCGCAAUUAUCAUUUGAUGUAGUUACAUUUUUUUCGUCAUUCAGCUCCAUCACUGUUACCCACAUUGACCUGGUUAUUGGAGUAGGACAGUGGCUUAAUACUGUUAUAACUUAUAGAGAGUGUGGAGCAUAUCAUUCAUAAUUUACAAUGAAAUUGUUCGUGUGCUCCCAUUUCAUUCCGUAAUGCACCCCUCCUAAUGAAAUGUGCUUUUAUGUACCACCUGCCUCAUCGCGCUGACUGCUAAAGCGUGGCGUGACCACGCAUCGCGUUCAUUCUCAAGCUCUCAGAUACCUGAGUCGUAUGCGAUCGGCGAGUGUGACUUAGCCCAAAAGGCACAAGUGGCCGCUCCAGUCGCCAGUGUUAAACAAUAAUCCUAAAUUUAAAUGACAGAAGUUGUGACGAUUCAUCAUCAACUCGUUAUUACCUGGACUGGGUGGAGUUUAAAGUCACGCUUUUCUUAGCAAAAGAACAUCCACCUUUGGUGUUGAAUGCAGGUGAUAUAAUAUGGGUGGGGAAUGCCUAUACCCCGUUACCUCCUAUGAGUAUAUUCAUAGCUUCUCAAAGAUCGGGGGUAUAGGCAAUUUCUGCCCGUGCGAUGUUAAACCAGUUAAUGGAAGUUUUAAAAUAUUAAGGCUGUACUUUUGGGGGAGCUUGUUUGUGUUGAUGUUGUACAUGAUGCCUUUUUCGAUGCUUUUUGUUGUCACCGCAUCCUAAAUAAUUUUAUAUAACGUGUGAGGGAGUGCGCACACGCAGGCACGCACACGAGUGGAGUUGUCACAAUUUGAGCCAUACAUUUCAACGCAAGUAUUGUUUGAUAUUUUGAACUUAAUAAAUUGUACGCAGUUAAUGUUUGAGUUGAAACGACGCCACAUUUUUUUUGUGUCUCGCACUUGCAUCUUAACCUGUGAUCAAAUCGCCGAAUGUGCCCGAUAUUUGGCAGCUCCCCAGAAGCCAAAGCAGAACUGCGCCUGGAUGAUGCUUUUGGAUGGGAGAAAUCCGUACACAGCAGGUGUUAUCGACUACUGCAACGCUACGUUAUGGACAACAGAGGGCAGUGCAUCAUCACCACGAUCCACGGGGGCAGAUGGCUAGUUACAAUCGGGGAGAUCGCCUUUUUUUGGCAGUACAGUCGAGGAAAUCCCAUUGUACUGCACCACGUGUCUGUGCCCUGCAUUCACCAACUCGCGAUGAGACAGCGGUGGUGAAGUGUGCGGCCAAUUAACGCCCACGACUCACACGGUGGCGUGGAGAUGAGCCCUCAUUCACCACUGGAUUGACGAGAGGGAUGUGCAUCCGAUUUGUCUUCAAUUGCGAAUCAUUCCACGACGUGGAAUAUUUGUUUUCAAAAGGGCUCCUGGCCUCCGAGCGUCACGUGGUAACUCCUUGCACCCGCGACUGACGAAGCCCCCCCCCCCUGUUUUUUAAUGCAAAUUUAAAACACGGGUGUGACGCAAUCUUUAUAUUUUUUUGGGUGUGUGCUACGUGGUACUUAUAUUUUUAUGCAAAACAAAAAGAUUGUUGGGUGGUGGAGGCUUGUGAAUGACGAGACGAACUUUUUUUUAACCUAACACCACCACGUGGCCCAAAACACAAAUACUCUUACAUUUAGAUUUAAAGCUUUCGUAACUGCAGGGAUUCAUAUUCUUGGUUCUUUCGGUAAAGUCAAGUAGAAGGGAAAUAAUAAAAUAAAAUAAAAAUAUAUAACAAUAAAAAAGGGAAAUAAUAAAAUAGAAUGUUUUUAUUGUUUUAAUUGUAUCAUUUUUUAAUAUGUGUAUUAUUUUAUUAUUUCCCUUCUACGUGACUUUACCGAAAGAACCAAGAAUACAAAUACCUUUGUAUGUAUUGGCAACGGAAACCUAUUAAUCGUUCGAACGCGACGAAUCGCAACACUUAAAACGCGUUACACACAGGCUGGUGGUGGUGGUUGUCAUCGGUAAAUAAUUUUAUUUUUGCGAUGUAACGCACAGUAGUAAAAAGACUUGAGAUGUUGGCAAGUAUACAACGAUACGACCAGGCAUGACAAUGCAACCAGGUGUUAUCCCCGGAUGCACAUUCACAACACUCGCUGCGUUCUGUUAAAUGCGACGCGCACGGCAAACUGCACUACGGCACCCACGAGUGGCG